AUGUCUCGCAACGGCACUACCCUCUACGUGACCGGUUUCAGCCACGGAACUCGCGCGCGCGACCUCGCGUACGAAUUCGAGCGAUAUGGCCGUCUUGUCCGUUGUGACAUUCCGGCUCCUCGCUCUGCCUCCAGCAGACUCUUCGCUUUCGUCGAGUACGAGGACCGCCGUGACGCGGACGACGCGUAUCAUGAUAUGCACAACAAGCGCAUUGGCCGUGAUGACAUCUUGAAGAUUGAGUGGGCUCGCACUCCCCCCUCUGCUUCGUGGAGAUUCGACCGCAACGAGCGUGAUGGCCGCCCUCGCCGUUCUUCUCCCCGCCGCCGCUCUCCCAGUCCUAGACGCAGCACCCGUGACUACUCUCCCAGAAAGGAUGACCGCCGGGAGCGUGAUCGCGAUAGAGACUACGACCGCGACCGCCGUGACACCCGUGAUCGUUCUCGCAGCCCUGAUCGUGAGCGGGAUCGUGAUGUCAAGGAAGACCGCGACCGUGAGGACCGUGACCGCCGCGAGAAUGGCACUAACGGUGAUGACAGAAAAGCCCUGGACAGCCCUGAACGUGCCGCCCACGACGAUCUCGAUAUUGCCGAGUAA